CCUUUUGCUUGCAUGGCGCGCGUCGUACCCAUCACGAAAAAAAGUUCUUGACCAUCAUGUGUUGCUUGCCCAUCUGACCAUAUAAAAGCCGCGUCCGAUGUCUGCUUCAUUCUCGUCAACCCGGACUCGAGAUCUCUUGCAAGAUGCUCGUAUAUCUGCUUUUGGCUCUCUUGCUAAUCUGUAAUCCAACAACCUUCGUCGAAUGUCUUCACACACAUUCUCGCCGAAAUUCCACUGGUCUUACGGACGCAGUCACUUGGGACCCUUAUUCGCUUUCAAUUCAUGGACAACGAGUGUUUAUCUUGUCAGCGGAAGUCCAUCCAUGGAGGAUCCCAGGUGAUCCAGCUAUCUGGGCCGACAUCUUCCAAAAGGUCAAAGCGAACGGGUUCAAUACCGUGUCGUUCUAUGUCAACUGGGCUCUUCAUUAUCCUACACCCGAUACCAAUGAUGGCGGAGGGGAUUUUGAAGAAGGAACCUACAGGGAUAUACAGGGAUUCAUUGACCAAGCGAAGAAGGCUGGUCUUUGGAUGAUUGCGAGGCCCGGACCGUAUAUCAACGGAGAAACUACGGGUGGAGGGUUUCCUGGUUGGGUAGGGAAUAUCGCAGGCAACCUCCGCACGAACAAUCCAAGUUAUACUGAAGCUUGGACGCCUUAUUUGACCUCGAUAUCCAAGAUAAUUGCAAAGAACCAGAUUACGAAUGGAGGACCCAUCAUCCUUGUCCAAGCCGAAAAUGAAUUCUCUGAAAGUGCAAGCAAUGAUGAAUACAUGCAAGCUAUCAUCGACUUGUACAGGGACAACGGUAUUGUAAUGCCCACGACUCAUAACGACCAGCAUGCUGGACAGGCAGGAAAUUUCUCACCCGAUCGUCCUGGUCUUGGGCGUGUUAACAUAUAUUGCGGCGACUCUUAUCCCCAAGGCUCUAAUCGCUGGGCGCAGGUUCAGUCGAUAUAUUACUCCGCGCACGAGGCUGUUGCCCCAAGUAAUCCUUUAUGUCUCGCUGAGUUUGGGGGAGGCUUCCUAUUGCAGUGGGGUUCUGUUACGCCUCGGGGUGGUACAGGAUACGAGAAAUAUUCGAAUGAUCUCACCAAUGCUACUUUCGAGGAUGUCUUCUACAAGGAAAACUACGCGCAAACGGCCACCAUCUUGAACAUAUACAUGCUGUUCGGAGGUACAAACUGGGGACAGACCGCGGCGCCAGUUUCAUAUACCUCAUAUGAUUAUGGCGGAGGAAUCAACGAGAACCGCGUCGCUAACACUAAGAUGAACGAAAUGCGUUUACAGGGGCUAUUCCUGCGUGUCUCUCGCGACCUACUGUCGUCGGAUCUCAUAGCGAAUGGCACCAACUAUACAACAUCCUCGCUGAUUCACACAGCGGAAUUGCGCAAUUCCAAUACCGGUGCUGCGUUCUACGUAACCCGUCAUAACGACUCCACAUCGACGGAGCUGACUACUACGCAGAUUCGUGUAAACACUUCCCAAGGGUCUUUGCUGAUACCUCAAACUGGCGUGUUGACAUUUAAUGGACGGGAGAGUAAAAUAAUUGUGACCGACUAUGUGUUUGGAAGGAGCUCGACGACUAUACUAUACUCAACUGCUGAGAUUAUGACGUGGACGACGAUUGGUGAUACGGACUAUCUUGUCCUAUACGCGCCGGAGGGCCAGACAGGAGAAACCGCAUUUUUACUGCCAACUGAACUCAAAGCAACGAAUCUCCAAAAUGCCCCUGGAGCUACGGCGACUCUCUCUGACGGUAGACUGACGUUACAGUACACCUUAAAUGGAUCUCAAUUCAUUCCCAUCCAAUUGCAAAGCAAUAAAUUCGUGGUCAUACUUCUGGACAAGGCGACUGCGUACCAAUGGCAUGCUCCAAUCAUAGAAGGAAGUGGUACAUUCGGGAACUUCUUUUCGAUUGGAACGAACGAAAUUGUUCUCGUUGGAGGACCAUAUGUUCUACGUUCAUCAAGUUUAAGCCAAAACACGUUAGAACUAACCGGAGAUCUCAAUGGUACCACUUAUGUCGAGUUCAUUGCUCCAUCAUCUAUAUCUCAGUUGUCAUGGAAUGGCAAAGAUAUACCGAUAUCUAAAUCAUCUCGUGGAUCGUUCGUGGCUACUAUUCAAGGUGCAAAUGACAACAUCAGCUUGCCUACUCUCGACGACUGGAAAGUUUUGGGCAGCCUGCCUGAGAUUGAGCCAGAUUUUGACGACUCUCAAUUUGUUCUAGCUGACAUUCGAUCCACCAACUACACAAACCUUCCUCCUUUGUAUGGUGAUGUCGUGCUCUAUUCGCAGCAAUACGGAUUUUAUGGCGGGAACUUGAUCUUCCGAGGACAUUUCGAAGCGUCCGGAGACGAGACCACAGUGAGGCUAGCAGUUCAAUAUGGGUUUGCUGGCGGAUAUACUGCGUGGCUUAAUGGUGUCUUCCUUGGAUCGGGCCAGGGAAACUCGACCGUGAGCUUGUCAGAGGAUUCUUGGGCUAUUCCUGAAAAUACACUCCGUGUGGGGGAGGAUAACGUGCUCGUUGUUGUUCAAGAUCACACUGGCAUCUCUGAAACUAGUACAAAUGGUGGCAAAGAGCCUCGAGGAAUACGAGGGUAUGCUAUUGAUGGUGGAAAUGCGACCUUCACAUCGUGGAGGCUACAAGGAAAUCAAGGCGGGGCGGCCAAUACGCCCGACACCUUCCGAGGAUAUUUGAACGAAGGGGGUUUAUAUGCAGAAAGAAUUGGUGCACACCUACCUGGGUACCCUGACGUUGAAUGGAAAAAUGAUACGCCUCUCUCCGGUGGUGGCCUCUCACGCGCUGGAAUCAAUUUCUAUCGCACGACAUUCGACCUGCCCGUUCCUGAUGGUGUCGACUUCCCUAUCCGAUUGUCUAUAAUACCUAGCGAUAUUAGCUCGAACUUUAGAGUUCAGAUUUACCUGAAUGGAUGGCAAGUUGGCAAGUACAUCAAUAACAUUGGUCCCCAAACAGAUUUCGUUCUUCCCGCAAGUGUUCUUCGGCGAUCCUCGACAAACACGUUGGCGCUAUCGCUGUGGUCCCUGGAUAACUCUGGGGCUUCCAUAGCUGGUCUCGAGUUAAUAUCCGAUGGGACCUUCUCAACCUCCCUUGUUUUCCACGAUUAUCGUACACCCGAUUAUGCUGAACAGCAGAAGGAUAGGCCAUCUGGAACGUACUAUGAAUCAAUGUAAAGGCUAGGAUGGAGAUGUAGUGUAAAUGAUCGCUGCGCUGCCAGUGCAACUUUUUUGUUUCAAUUUUGUCUGUGGAGCGUCUCAAUGGUUGAAACCAUUUCGCCAA